AUGUCGAUGACUCAACCACAGAAGGCCACAACUGGUGAACUUAAUAAGUUAAGCGAAGAUGAAAUCGCUCUUUAUGAUAGACAGAUCAGAUUAUGGGGGAUGGCAGCUCAAGCCAAUAUGAGAUCAGCUAAAGUUUUACUUGUCAAUUUAGGUUCCCUUGGUACAGAGAUCACUAAGAAUAUUGUUCUGAGCGGUAUUGGCCAUUUGACUAUCUUAGACUCUCAUAUUGUCACUGAAGAAGAUUUGGGUUCUCAAUUCUUUCUGUCGAAGGAUGAUGUGGGAAAGAGUCGAUUGGAUGCUGUUGGCUCUAAAAUUAAGGAUUUAAAUCCAAAGGUUACUUUAGAAUUUGAUAAUGGUGUUGUUGAGUGCAAGAACAAAGAAUAUUUUAGCCAAUUUGACUUGAUCAUUGGGACCGAAUUAAAUAAAACCCGAUCUACUGAACUUAAUAAGAUUACAAGAAGCUUGAAAACCCCAUUAUAUUUAGCAGCAUCUAAUGGAUUGUUUUCAUAUAUAUUUGUUGAUUUAAUUCAAUUUGAUGCAGUUGAUGAGAAAAUACAAAGUAUGAAACCUACCACGAUUGGAAAAGUAUCAUCUAAUAGAGAAAUCAUUGAUGUACAGACAUAUAAAGCCGAAGAUGAUGAGAAAAUUGUUCAUGAAAAGAUAACAACAAGAAACUAUUAUAAAUCAUUCGAAGAUAUGUUACAAACAGCUACAUUAGAGGGUAAAUUAAACAAGAGACAAUUGAAAAAAGUUUCUAGUCUGCUACCUUUGACAUUUACAUCUCUUGUAUCUGACAUACCAAUUGAAACUUUAAGUCAAGAGAAACUACAAGAACUUGUUAUCCAAGUAUGUGAGAAAUUGGGUCUAGCGACAUCUAAUAUUUCGAAUGAAUAUGUAGAACAAUUCCAAAGACAAACUAAUACGGAGUUUGCCCCUGUAUCUGCAAUCAUUGGUGGGGCACUCUCACAAGAUGUCAUCAAUAUCCUUGGGAAAAAACAAGCACCAUUAAAUAAUUUUAUUAUUUUUGAUGGGAUUACAUUAGAAAUGAGAAUCUUCGAACUAUGA